AGGGUUGUCCAUGGCCUUACGGUUCCCAAUCCCUACCAAUACCAUCACCCUCCUCACACCUUCUCUUUCAGAGCCUCCCAUUUCCAUACCAAUUUCAUCUCCUCAAAACCCUCCUCCAGAUUCCUCUCAAAAUUCAAACCCACUUUAUUACAUAUUAGCAAAUACAUGACCCUAAUCUCUACUGGUUUUGGGCUUGAUAUUGUGGAAUAAACAAUGGACUUCGGAUCUCAUUCCUCAUACCAGUUGCAAGGAAUUGUUGAUUGUGUUACCUGUGCUAUUUGGACUUUUGGCUUAGGCUUGGAAAUACCUGCAGUUUCUUUUGAAGGAGCUGUUGCAAAGAUUGGAAUGCUUAGAACUGAUAGAUAGUGGACAGGUUUCCAUAGGCAUGAAAAUCAGCUAGGCUGCUAUGUUAUAUUUAUAUGAUAUGUGAGCCUUAGAUCUUGUUAGUGGUGUUGUUGAUGCAAGUAGUUAAUUUGGAUUGUCUGUUCAAUAGACAUUAAGGAUACCUCUAUACCAGUGGUUAACUGAGUAGGAGUGUGUUGUAGUAAAUAAGAUAGUAGAUUAAAGCUUUUCACAAGUUUUUUAAGGAAAAAGAAAUCGUAGUCAUGGGCUUACCUCAGGUCUCCUCUAGCAAAAUUGCUGAGGAAGUAACAGCAUCAUUUGGCACUUCAGUUCAAUCUCCUCCUCACUUCCAUGGGGUAAGCAACUGUGACAUGAGUGGAAUGCAUGCCAAUCGUGUGCAAGUCGAGCGAUCAAGAGAGGCAGACAUCUCUAGUUUACACAGAGAUGGACAUGUAAAUUGGCAAAAACUUGGUUCCACGGAUAAGAUUUCAACGUUCACCCGUAAAGCUGGACGAAAUGUCCAAACUGCCGUUUCCAGAAUAGUGGGCUUUGAAUCGAAGUCAUCAAGUUCUCCUGGGCUGGCAUUUGAUGAAAUGCAGACUGAUAGUGUUCCUUCUAGCGUGAGUAGUGGCACUGAUGAUGUAAUGGAGAACAGUGGAGCCCUAGUGAGGAAAAGGUUACUGUCACCCUUGAAUAGCUUGAUUCCUCCAAGUCAAUUUGAUAGCGAGCCUCUACAAAUUGGUGGGACUAAGUAUCAGAAUGGCUCUCCGGAGGGCUCUGAUAAGCAUCUUGUUGCUGCUUUUCAAGAGCAUAUGAAUAGUAGCAUAGAGAUUCCGAAGUGUAUGACUCCUUUUCUAUUGUCGCCCUCUAGUUACCAACAAUGCAGGAAUACAGGAAGUGUAAUCUUUGGGAGAAACUCUGGUUUUUUCACUGAUGGCCCUUUGCUUGAGAACACAGAUCUUCAAUCUUUUGGUUCUUUCUCAUCUUCACCAGGAGUAGAUGGCAUAGAAUUCACAACAAAGUCUUCUAAUUCACCGAUAGCUAUACCUUCAAGAAGAAUGGUAUCAUCUCCUCUGUCUUUGUCCCCACUUGGUCCAAAAUUCUCUAGAACAUCAAAACCUUCUGGUGGGUGCAUGGCUAUGACCAAUGACUUAGAUGAUAACCAUCUAACAUUGAAGGAGAUGGAGUUGUCUCUUGAUGGGACCAUCUCUGAUAUUCUAUCCUUUCAGGGAGGAGAAGACUCUAGAAUGGCUAGAAAAUUAACUUUUGAAGCUGAGCAGGUACAAAGGUUUGAGCAGAAUACCCCAGAGAGUAUGAUUGAAUUGAUGGGAGACUGGGGUCAAGAUUCAACCCUUGGGACCCAAUGCUCCAAGUUAUGUAGGACUCCUAGUGGACUGCAAGUGAGAAGGUCCUGGAUUGGUUCGUUUGAGGAGUCCUUGUUAUCUGGUCGUUUAGCUUCUGGGACGGUCAGCCAGAAAAUUGACGGAUUUCUUGCUGUUCUGAACAUUACUGGUGGAAGUUUUUCACCACACCCCCAGAAACUUCCAUUUGCAGUAACCAGCGUGGAUGGGGAUAACUUCUUACUGUACUACUCAUCAAUAGACCUCGCUGGCCACUUACCCUCAAAUAAACAUAGGAGUCAUAAAAUGAGGAGGAGCCUUAGCAUUGAUGACCCACAAGCAGAAAAAAGUCGAUUACGGGUACCUAUGAAAGGUCGCAUACAGCUGGUCCUCAGCAAUCCUGAAAAGACUCCAAUUCAUACUUUCUUUUGUAACUAUGACUUGAGCGACAUGCCAGCCGGGACCAAGACAUUUCUGCGCCAGAAGGUUACUCUAGCUUCUUCAACACCAGCUUCUAAAACAGGGAGCGGUAAUAAAUCUGGCAAAUCAAGUGAAACUAUAGAGGGAGUGAAGACAGACGGUGCUGAAUGUGGUCCAACUAAGACUGUGCAGAGCUCACCAAAAGCGAAUGAGAACUUAAAUAAUUCUGGGGUCCUGCGUUAUGCUCUCCAUCUUCGUUUCCUUUGCCCAUUUCCGAAGAAAAAUUCAAGGAUGGUACAGCGGUGCAAAUCAGACCCUUCUUCUGUACCGGAAAAGAACAGCAAAAGCAUCGGAGGAGAAAGGCGGUUUUACUUGUACAAUGACAUGAGGGUUGUGUUUCCUCAACGUCAUUCCGAUGCCGAUGAAGGCAAGUUACAUGCAGAGUGUCAUUAUCCGUCGGAUCCCAAAUACUUUGAUAUCAGCGAGUAAAAAAGGUCUGAUUUCGAUCUCGAUUUCGAUUACGAUUACGAUUACGAUUACGAUUACAUCCUUUCUUCUGUGCAUAUUUAUAAAUAAAAAGUACAAUUAGUGAUCGUUUUCUGGUGAUGGAUCAAUACCCCCCACAUCAGUGUUGUAUAGAUUUUCAUUUAGAAGUUAGAAUUUGGGAGCAGAUGUAAAUUAUUUGUACAUUCCUUGAACAAAAUAAAUCUAUAACCUUUUCUU